AUCAUCACUCCCUCCUCUGUUUUCUAAAAAGCACCGAGGUUUCUCUAGCAGACUCUAGAAGACGAGCAAUCACAUAUUACUCUCUCGCACCUUCUAAACUCUCCCACCUCUCUUGUCACUCCCUUGUCUUUUCUUUUCUCGACCCACGAAUCCUAUUUCUUCUAAAUCCCACAACAGCUACAAACAAACCCUUUUUGUGAAAGUUCUCUCCUUUGCUCAGGAAAUGGCAGAACAAGCAUACACAGUAGCAUCAGACAGUGAAAACACUGGAGAGGAGAAAUCAUCAUCGUCUCCUUCAUUACCCGAAAUCGCUGUUGGCAUCGAUAUUGGUACUUCCCAGUGCAGUAUAGCUGUUUGGAACGGUUCUCAAGUUCACAUCUUGAGGAACACAAGAAACCAGAAACUUAUCAAGUCAUUCGUCACUUUCAAAGACGAAGUACCUGCUGGUGGAGUUAGCAACCAGCUCGCACACGAGCAGGAAAUGUUAACCGGAGCCGCUGUAUUCAACAUGAAGCGCCUCAUCGGUCGUGUAGACACUGAUCCUGUGGUUCACGCCAGCAAGAACCUUCCUUUCUUGGUUCAAACUCUUGACAUUGGUGUCAGACCGUUUAUUGCGGCUUUGGUGAACAAUGCUUGGAGAUCCACUACUCCAGAGGAAGUUUUAGCGAUAUUUCUUGUGGAAUUACGUCUGAUGGCUGAAGCUCAGUUGAAACGGCCUGUGAGGAAUGUAGUGCUCACGGUUCCGGUUUCGUUCUCUAGGUUCCAGCUUACACGGAUUGAGCGAGCUUGCGCUAUGGCCGGACUUCAUGUUCUUCGUUUGAUGCCAGAACCAACUGCAGUCGCCUUGCUGUAUGCUCAACAGCAGCAGAUGACUACGCACGAUAACAUGGGGAGCGGAAGCGAGAGGCUUGCGCUUAUAUUCAAUCUAGGUGCUGGUUACUGCGAUGUUGCGGUUACUGCAACUGCUGGUGGUGUUUCACAGAUAAAAGCCUUGGCAGGAAGCCCCACUGGAGGAGAAGAUAUUCUGCAGAACACAAUGCGCCAUAUCGCGCCACCAGGAGCAGAAGCUUCGGGGUUGCUCCGUGUAGCGACACAGGACGCUAUUCACAGGCUAUCUGAUCAAGACAAUGUCCAGAUUGAAGUCGAUUUGGGAAAUGGUAACAAGAUUUCCAAGGUUCUUGAUAGAGUGGAGUUUGAGGAUGUGAACCAGAAGGUAUUUGAAGAGUGUGAGAGACUUGUUGUGCAGUGCCUGCGAGAUGCAAAAGUCGAGGUUGGUGAUAUUGACGAUGUGAUAAUGGUUGGAGGCUGUUCUUACAUCCCAAAAGUGAGAAACAUUCUCAAGAAUGUAUGCAAGAAAGACGAGAUUUACAAAGGCGUGAAUCCGUUAGAAGCUGCUGUUAGAGGAGCUGCUUUAGAAGGUGCGGUGACUUCAGGAAUUCAUGAUCCGUUUGGGAGCUUAGAUCUCUUGACCAUACAAGCAACACCUCUUGCAGUUGGAAUAAGAGCAAACGGAAACAGAUUCAUACCUGUGAUUCCGCGUAACACUAUGGUUCCAGCUAGGAAAGACCUCUUCUUCACGACGGUCCAGGAUAACCAGAAGGAAGCUCUGAUCAUCAUAUACGAAGGAGAAGGAGAGACCGUCGAAGAGAACCAUCUUCUUGGGUAUUUCAAGAUCGUUGGGAUUCCACCGGCACCUAAAGGUGUUCCAGCGAUCAAUGUUUGCAUGGACAUCGAUGCGUCAAAUGCUUUGCGGGUUUUCGCAGCUGUGUUGAUGCCGGGAUCAUCGAGUCCAGUGGUUCCUGUGAUUGAAGUGAGGAUGCCUACAGUUGAUGAUGGACACGGUUGGUGUGCACAGGCUUUGAAUGUGAAAUAUGGAUCCACUCUUGAUUUGAUUACUCUUCAGAGAAAGAUGUAAGAUAUGAAUAAAAGCGUUGGUGGUAGACAUUUUAGAAUAUGAUGUAAGAUAUUUGAUCAUAUAGAGAAGAGUAUACAUAGUUUGUGUGUUUUGGUUUUGUUUGUUGUCGAAGUGGUAAAAUGAUGUUUAUGUGUGUAAGGAAGAGUAAUAAUAAUGCUUUGCAGAUUGUAUAAUAAAAUGUGUGUUUUGCACACUUUUAUCU